AUGUCCAAACUCCUGUGGCUUGCUCUUCCGGGGCUCCUCCUCACGGAGGCUCGUUCCGUCCCUCGCUACGCAUCAAAGGUUUCGCGUGGCACUGCCAAUUUGACCAGCUACGACUUUGUGAUUGCUGGUGGUGGAAUUGCUGGUCUCGUGCUUGCGGAUCGCUUGACCGAGGACCCUUCUGUCACCGUCCUUGUCAUCGAAGCAGGACCCUUGGACCAGAAUCAGGAUGAUCUUUAUAUCCCUGGUGCAUGGAGUCCCUUUCCCUAUGUUUGGUUUGCCACAACGGAGCCUCUGAAGGGUCUGAACAAUCGCGUUGAGUCAGUAGUCUGCGGAAAAAUUGCUGGCGGAGGCAGCACCAUUAACGCUAUGAAUUUCAUGAGGGGCGUUGCAGCUGAUUAUGACGGUUGGGCUGCCCUUGGUAACCCGGACUGGGGAUGGGAUGGAAUACUUCCUUAUUUUGUGAAGAGCGAAAACUUUACUGCUCCUGACUCCGAGUUUGCCAAGACAGCCAAUAUCUCGUGGGACACCUCUGUGCGCGGAUACGAGGGCCCAGUCCAGUACACAUAUGCAAACUACUACUACCCUGAUGCAUCAAACUGGUGGGAUGCAACCCUGUCCAUUGGCCUCGAACCUGCCCUGGACCCAUUAAGGGGAACAAAUACUGGCAUCUUCUGGCUCCCGUCGGUCCGCAACGAGACAACACAGAGGCGAUGUGAUGCACGGACCGCACACUACGACAGGGUCAUAGACUCUCGGCCUAACUACCAUGUCCUCAUGGAAACCACAGUUUCCAGAGUCAUCUUCGACGGAACACACGCAACUGGAGUUGAGUACCUCCCCUCGGACGGCGGUGAUGUGUCAACCGUCUCGGCCUCGAAGGAGGUGAUCGUGGCGUCCGGCGCUCUGCACACACCGGGUGUCCUCCAGCGCUCUGGAAUUGGCGCCAAAGCAGUACUCAGCUCCCUUGGUAUUGAAGUGAUCUCGGAUCUGCCGGGCGUCGGGUCCAACUUCCAGGACCAGACUACCGUUCAUGUGCCUCUCAACUUGACCAAGAACCUCAGCCCUAAUGCCAACUCCAUCAACAUUGACGCCGUCUACAACGCUACGGAGUGGGCAGCUUACCAGGCACACCUCCCCAGCGCCUACACACUUGCGCACAAUCUAAGCACCACCUUCACUGGCGUCUCUCUCCAGGACCUCAUUUCGUCAUCCGUCGAUAACAACACCAUCAUCACAGACGCCGCCACCUACAACGCAGCGGACUCACUCCCCGCUGACGUUGACGCCACGGUGCUGGCGGGCUACAAGGCGCAGCGGGAGGUGCUCCUCAAGGAGAUCAAGAACUCGAGUCUGUCCGUAGGGUUUUUGUACUUCGACACCUUCUCAUCGGCCGAGGCGUACCUCAUGAAGCCGUUCAGCCGCGGAAACGUGCACAUCAAUUCGACAGAUCCGCUGGCCCAGCCCGUCAUUGACUACGGCACCGCCACGGACCCCGCCGACAUCGCUCUCAAUGCCGCCCUGCUGGGCAAGCUGCGCGAGGUUGUUGCUGCCCCCGCCAUGCAAGCCCUUGGCCCCAUCGCUGAGGCUCCUUUCGGCGACGAUGUUGUGACCGAAGAGCAGAUUGUUGCUGCCUUGAGAGAGAACCUUAUCAUCUCGAACGCGCAUCAGUGCUGUACCGCCCCCAUGAUGCCGUUGGAGCUCGGAGGUGUCGUGGGGCCCGACAAGAAGGUCUACGGCGUCACCGGCCUACGUGUCGGCGACAUUAGCACAUUCCCGACCGCAGUCUCGGGAGGCCCCACAGGAACCGUAUAUGGUGCCGCGGAGAAGCUUGCCGAUAUCAUCAAGAAGGAGUGGUCCACCAAAGGCUACUACUCUUGA